GCAGUCGCCAUUUAGGCAGGAGCACCAGCGGAGGCUGGAGUCAGUCCAUCUGUAACAGCGGAAAGAAAGAGCGAGGCUGCAGCUGAGCCAACAAAAGCAUCAGCCCCGGCCCAGGCGCUCGAGGAGCGAGCGGGAGAGGAGUGGAGCUGCAGGAGCACAAGCCCCAGCACAGGCAGCAGGCAGCAGCCAGCACAGGACGUGAGGCAGACAACAGAGCUACAGCUCCCUUGAUUAAGACGCGGACUCCUUUCUGGUGGAGAAAACCCACAGCAGAAAGGGCGAACAGUUGGUGCGAUGACAGGCAGAAACUGAAGAGUUUUUGGAGCAUUCUGUUCUUUCACAGAUUACCCAGUCCACUUACUGGAAAGUGACAACCAGUAGGACACAAGUCCACCCUGGGUAAACUUGGUAUUUGAUAUCAUUUCUGUUUGUGAAAGUGGGAAAGAUUUUUCAUGUGACAGACUUCUCAGGAGGAUGCAAUAAAAGCUCAAGAACUGGAUCACCUAAGACAAAAUUAAAGCCUCUGACUCCAGCUGUAGUGAAGAAAUAGCUUGAAGGCUUUCCUGACUCAGUAAGGAAGCCCUGUGGGUUGUUCUGGAUCAGCUGCUACCUAGGCAACAUUACAACAGGCAACUUCAACCACCACUGGGGCACUUGGACAAGAGACUGAUUUUUCUCUCUAGCUGAGCAACAGACACAGCAAGAAACAUGCCAGAGCAAAGCAAUGAUUACAGGGUUGUUGUGUUUGGGGCAGGAGGAGUUGGCAAAAGUUCUCUGGUCUUGAGAUUUGUGAAAGGUACUUUCAGAGAGAGCUACAUUCCUACCAUAGAAGAUACCUAUCGGCAGGUGAUCAGCUGUGAUAAAAGCAUAUGCACUUUGCAGAUAACUGACACUACUGGAAGCCAUCAAUUUCCAGCCAUGCAACGUCUUUCUAUUUCUAAGGGACACGCUUUCAUUUUGGUUUACUCUAUCACCAGCCGACAGUCCUUGGAGGAACUCAAACCAAUCUAUGAACAAAUAUGUCAGAUUAAGGGAGAUGUAGAAAGCAUUCCUAUAAUGCUGGUUGGGAACAAAAACGACGAGAAUCAAAAUCGAGAAGUGGACAGCAGUGAAGGAGAAGCCAUGGCCAAGAAGUGGAAGUGUGCCUUCAUGGAGACCUCUGCCAAGCUUAACCACAACGUGAAGGAGUUAUUCCAAGAGCUGUUAAACCUGGAGAAACGCAGGACUGUGAGUUUACAAAUUGAUGGCAAAAAAAGUAAGCAACAGAAAAGGAAAGAGAAGCUGAAAGGCAAAUGUGUGGUCAUGUGAUAUUGCACUGCCAGGAGUAAUGCUGUCUCACCUGCCUGAUAUUACCUACAGACAGCAAACAACUAUACAAGACCUUAUUGAUUGGUAUCUGUUUUGAAAGAAAUAUUUGUAAUUUGAAAAAAAUGAGUUAUUGUGAUUACUAUGAAAAAAGUCAAAAAUUGUGUGUUCUAGAUAUCAGUGGAAAAAAAUAUCAGGAACUGGAAAAAAAAAAAAGAUUGGUUAGGAUACCUAAUUUAAUAAUUUACACAAGAAAAGAAAAUUCAUGUUUAGCAUACUGUGGAAGAUUUGGGAAGUCAGCAUCAUAACAUUAUUUAUAUUUGCAUGUAACUGCACUGGAAGGCAAUGUAUAAUGCUAAAAGAAAAACCGAUGUCAACAAAGAAGCCUAGGACAUACAACUGCAUGUUGGAUGAAGUUAUCGUACUCUUUUAAGAGUGCUGUGGACAAAUGGUUCUGUGCAAUUUUCAGUACUGACUGUCAAAUAAACUAAUUCUCACUAAAGGGAAGUAUGGAGCUAGCACAGUUAGAAGGAAUGGGGAUUUUCUCUACCACCCCCAGCAUGAGAUGUCUUUCUUGUAUGGCACAAAGUUUGAACUGGAAGAUGAGGAAAAGCCAGAGAUGGAGAUCAUCUUUUCUGCACCUAUCACUCCAGGAAUGACGUGUACUUUUGACCCCAUGAUAUUUCAGAAGAACAGAUGUUUGCCGUUGGAGAAUGUCAGAUCAUAAAAACAGUGUGUACGUACAAACAGUAUACUUUCCAUGGAGGACUGGCUGGGGAGUUCCGUACAAAACCUCUAUGGAAAAGACUCAGUUUAAGAACUGCUGAUGGAGGAAUGAACAGAUAGUGUGAUCUGCAAACGGACUGGAAGUUUGUUGAACUUGUUGACGCUGUUGGAGAGAGGUCAGUGUAGUACAGAAAGGUUUCAUUCAAAUUACCAUAUUAGUUGAGUAAAACUUCUUUCCAUCACUAUAUUCCAGUUAGAAUGGUUUUGCAUUCAUACAUUGCUAGGUUUAUUGCCUUUAUAAUGCCUAAAGGGUUUUAUAUUCACUGUUUAAACACACAAUUUGAACUGCUGUGACUAUUUAUAUAGCCAAAUCCUACAUCUGCUGUUAGGACCCACAAGAGUCUCUAACAGAAGACUUGCUGGGUAAGUACUACAGGAUUUGGCAUAUUAAGAGUUACAAUCAGUACUGUGUUACAGAGCAAUACAAGGCUCAGAAUAGAAAUAAUAAUAAUAAAAAAAAACUGGUUUGAACCACUCUGUCAGGGGAAACUGUUCUUCUCAAAAUCUUCUAAAGGGGAUAAAUGCUAAAAAUGUGAGCUUUUCUGGAUUUCUCUUAAAACUUUUUUAAAAAAAUUAUAUGAAUGAAUAAAGUAUGUAUCCAACUCAUAACAAAGAUCAUCAAAGAUAAAAGAAGCACAUACUUUUUUUUUUUUUUUUUAAAAAGACACAUCAAAAUUGUAUAAGCUACAGUUUGCACAUUAAGAACUGCUUUGAAAUAAUAAAACCAACAUCAUAUUUUAGGGAAACUUUUACAUCAAAACCAUACUAUGAGAAAAUGCCGUCAAGUAUUAUUAGUAGUAGUAUGCAUGCUGUUGCAUUAUAAAUGUCUUCUAAUAGAUGUUCAAAUGCAGUAUUAACAUUAAGAAUUGUUACCUUGUUGCUCUUAAAGCUAUUGCUUGUUUACCUUCUACCUUUCCAAACAAAAGUGCAGAUAUUUCAUAGGUAGUGUGAUAGUAUAUGUCUUUGAGCAAAAUCUGCUGUUAGCACUAUCUAGAAAGGAGCACAAUUUAUGUCGUUUACUCAGAAGAAGUCCUGGCAGCAUUAACAUCAAGUGUAAAACUCCUACUGAUUUAAAGAAGAAAAAGUUUUGGUGUUUAUGAUAGAAAACUGGAGAGAGCAGGAAAAAAGGCUAAGACUCUUCCUUAGCAAUAAUUUCCUGACUCUUAAGCAUUGCUUUUUCUCCAUAAGUCUCAAAACGCUUUACACAAAGGAUAGCAUCAUUACCUUAACUUUGCAGGUGGUGAAACUGAGGCACAAAGAGAGAAAGCAACUGCACAAGGGUACCCAUCAGGUUAGUGACAGACCAAGGUAGAAAAACAGAUCUCCCCGGUCCCCAUCCAGUGCUCUGUCUGCCUUUGGUCAGACUGAGUCUUCAGACUCUUACAUACUUCCUAAAACAUAUAAAGAAGCCUGGUAUAGUUUACACAGCUAAGUGCAUCUUUUCUUUCUCAGUGUGUCAAUAGGUCAAACCAUAUUUCCAGAUCAGGGAUGCAAAACAUUCAAAAGCACUAUGUUUAGAAUGACUUUUCUACAUUUUUAUACAUUUACUCUGUUUGUAAGCAAAUGGUUCAAGAUACUUAUCUUUACAGCACUGGAUUCCACUAAUAGAACUGCAAAAUCCAAAGCAGGACUACACUUGGGGAACAAUGAGUCAUAUACUGAGGUCAGCAGGACAAGGAUGUCCCACUGAUGCUAACAGGUUGAUGCCAAAAGGUCAUUAUGCAUAGUGCACUUCUAGGAGACCAGCAUGGAAUUACAAUAGAAACCAAAACAAAGAAGGCCAUAUAGAGAAAUUAUCCUUUUAGAAUUAUUAUUUCAGCUGAAACAAUUAUUUGCAUGGUACAGAGUAGGGGAUCAGAAUUAGACCAAAAAGGUUAUGAUGGCAAGGACAUUACGGGCUGAAAUUUGGCCCCUGGCUUUUGCUGAAUGUGCCUCAUAGAAAGAAAAGAGUAAUUAUGUGUCAAAGCUGGAAAUUAAACAAGUAGCUGCCAAAUGUUAGUCUUAAGAACCAUUUCCUUUAAUUCCCAGUUCAUUCCUCUCGUGCUACAUAAUGAGCCAUGAAUUAUUUCAUGGACUUGCAUGUAUCAAAGCAAGGCCGGUACAGAAGCAAUAUUACUCAUGGACCACAGAUUCAAAACAGAACAUAUUUUAUACCCUUGCAUUGUCAUUCUGGUUUAUACUACUAGUUUAUGCAUAUCUUACAUAUAUGUCAGCUGUUUUAAAACAUUUGUUUUGCUAUUACUUAUCCUUUUAAUACAGGAAAAAAUACAAAGAAAAUACGCAGCUUUAUUACAUUUAGUGUUUUCUUUGGGGAUGUGAUAUUAGUCUAAUAAACUCUUUAAAGUGUAUGGAAGAAAUAUGACAUAUUUAACAUAUAAAAUCUACAGUGAACUUUAGCACUCAAACAUAUAGAGAAAACAACUCUUUACAACGCAUGACUUUUGUAUGUAUAUCGUAUGUAUUAAGUUAUAUAGAUAUCACAAAAAAUGUGUCAUUGAGAUUUCAUUAGCAAAUAUUUUAUUCAAAAAUUGGAUAUUAAGUCAUUUGUGCCUACAAGUUUCUAUGUUUCCUGUGGUGUUCCAAACAUACAAAAUAAAGUUUUAAAUGGAGACUUGUUUUGGGAAAAAGC